AUGUCGGCAACACCAGAAAGCACGACUUCCAGCCCGCCGGACACGCAGCGUGACGGGAUGAGGACAACCAAGGAAGACACCGAUCCUGGAUCAAGCACUCAAUCGGUAGACAAGGGCCGGACACUGCGCGGCCUCCGCUGGUUCGUCGUUUGCGCAUCGCUCUACGUCACCUGCGCGCUGUACGGCCUCGAUACGACCAUUGCCGCCGAUGUCCAAGGCCCCGUGAUUGCAUCUCUGGGCCACGUCGAGCAACUCGCCUGGGUCGGAGCCGGAUUUCCUUUGGGUUCUGUCUGCGUGAUUCUUCUACUGGGCCGACUGUACGAAUUGUUCAACCUCAAAUGGAACUACAUCCUCACCGUGCUUCUUUUCGAGAUCGGGUCAGCUAUAUGUGGCUCUGCGCCCACCAUGAACGCCCUGAUCGUCGGUCGCGUCAUUGCUGGCGCUGGAGGCAGCGGUAUCUACCUCGGCUCUCUGCAAUACAUUGCCGUCAUGACGGGAGACAAGGAGCGCGGCCUAUACAUGUCCCUUGUUGGUGCAGCAUGGGGUGCCGGUGCCGUGCUGGGCCCAGUUAUCGGUGGUGCGUUUGCCGUGUCAUCGGCGACCUGGCGCUGGGCAUUUUACAUUAACCUGGUGAUUGGUGCCAUCUCGGCCCCAGGCUUUGUUUUCUAUCUUCCUUCGAUACACCCUUCCCAAGGCGUCGGUGUUCGUGACAGACUCGUCAGCAUCGACUGGGCUGGAUUCAUCCUUGGCACCGGGACUUGGGUCACGUUUCUACUGGCCUUUACAAUGGCUGGUGGCCAGUGGCCUUGGGACGAUAGGCGAACAAUCACCGUCUUUGUCGUGUUCGGCGUCAUCCUUGUCUUUUACGUGCUCCAGCAGUACUUUGCCUGGAUGACCACCCCUGCACGUCGCCUGUUUCCAGCCCAUCUGUUGCGGGAUCGCACGCAGGUCCUGCUCUAUAUAUCAACUGCAGCCGGUACAACAAUACUUUUCGUAGUUGUUUACUACAUCCCCAUUUACUUUCAAUUUGUCAACAAUGACCAAGCACUUAUGGCAGCAGUACGCCUGCUGCCCUUUAUCGUUUUUGGUGUCGCUGUCAAUCUCAUAUCGGGAAGCUUUCUUCAUUUCAUCAAGAUUUACAUGGUCUUGUACCUCACCGCUGGAGCCUUUACAGUUGCUGGCGGAGGUCCUCUGGUGGUCUAUCUUGAUCCUAGCACAUCUACUAGCACCAUCUACGGCCUGACCAUUUUGAUUGCCGUGGGUGCCGGGCUGUCCAUGACAAUCAGCUACACCGUCGCGACGCUGACUCUAAAGCCCGAACAAGCCGCUGCUGGAAUCAGCAUGCAGAACGUGGCUCAGAUUGGCGGACAGGUCAUCGCCCUGGCGAUUGCAGGCCAGAUCUAUCAGUCAGUAGGCAUCAGAAAUUUGGAAGCAGCGCUUGCUGGACAUGGCUUCUCCGACGCUGAGAUCCGUGGCGCAACAGCAGGUGUGCAGAAUGCACUGUUCCAAAAAUUGGACGGGGACCUGCGCGAGAAGGCAAUCAUGGCAAUCGCGCAAGCCAUGCAGAUGACCUUUGUCAUGGUACCCAUUGCCGGAGGUGUUGUGCUACUCGCUGGGCUAUGUAUGAAGAGGGAAAGGCUUUUCGGCAAGGUUGUUGCGGUCGGUGCAUAA